CAGGAAACCUAUAUAAACCCCUGUACUGUGAGGGUGUUCAGCAGAUUCACAGUGAAUCAAUCCUUUAAAUUUCCAGUACCAGAAGAUCUGUUAUCUCACGGGAAUUGUAAUAAUGCUUAAACUGUGGACGCUCCUUUUUGCCUACGCGCUGACCAUUUGUCAGAUGUACGUCUCACAGGCUGCUCCAUCCAGAACUAGUAAGGAGUCCAUGUCAGAUGGAAUCACACUAUUGAACGAUGAUGCGCAAAGGUUGCUCAGAACCAUCAAGGAGUUCAUGCAGAUGGCUUCAGAUGAGCAACCUAAUCAAACAGCUGAUGACAGCAGCUUGGAUAGACCCUUGUUUAAGCGCUGCACCAGCUUAAGCACUUGUGUCCUGGGCAAACUCUCCCAGGAUAUUCACAAACUACAAACGUACCCUCGCACUGAUGUGGGAUCAGGGACGCCCGGCAAGAAGAGAAGUCUAUCUGAGCAAUAUGAAAACUACAGCAACUCACUAGACUAAAACUCCCAUCUGUCCUUUGUCUGUCUGAGUCAACAUUUGCUUGUAAAUGCAGCUUUCUCCACAUACAAGACUGCCGAUGCAUGUGGAUCCUAUUUACAGUGUGUGAUUAACUCCAUUAACAUCCUCUCUUUAAUCAUCCACUGAGUUUAACCUAGACCUGAAGAAUCAGCUACAAAACUGUUGACAUUCUGUGCAAUAGAAAAAAAAAUAAGAACAGCUAAAACUCAUUUUUGGUAUUUGUGUUUCAAGUAUAUAAAAAAUAAAUAAAAAUCUGCUUUUA